ACCGAGAGCUUGCAUUGCCAUUCUGUUAUAGCCAGCUGGACGUUACUGCUGCUGUAGAAGUUAUCCGUAGUCACACGCCAUUCCGGAGAACUAUUAAAUAUAUAAUUCAUUAUAUUAUAAUAAUCCAAUAAUAACCACACCGGAGCAAUAUUAAACGCUGCAAUGUCCUAUUAUUAAACCAUAAUGAUCAAUAAACGAAUCCAGAUGUUCGGAUCACCCGCAGCGUCGGUGUGGGCUUUAUUGUGGUUAGCCGUUUUUGCGAUUAACGCAAAUUCGUCCGAACUAAAGGAGUUCCAAUUCAAGCACCACAACAAUGAAGAAAUAUACGAUGCCAUUUUGCAAAUACGGGAAAAAUGCCCAAGCAUCACUAGUCUGUACAGGCUGUCGGAAGACUCCGUAGAAGGCCGUCCACUUUUAGUCGUCGUGUUUUCAAUUCAUCCAACUUACCAUAAACCAAUGGAUCCAGAGUUCAAAUAUAUAGCUAACAUGCAUGGUAACGAAGUACUCGGAAGGGAGCUACUGUUGAAAUUGGCGGAUUACUUUUGUGAUGAGUAUAAAGCCGGAAACGAGGAAAUAGUAAAAUUAAUUACCAAAACUAGGAUUCACCUAAUGCCGACAAUGAAUCCUGACGGAUGGCAAAGAUCAACAGAUGAUGGAGGCAGCAACUAUUUAAUUGGGAGAGACAACGCUGAGGGUGUGGAUUUAAACAGAAAUUUCCCAGAUUUAGACCGAAUCGUUUUUGAUAACGAAGCAUAUUACAAAGACAUCAACAAUCAUUUAAUGCAAAUGGUGGAUAAUUUGGAACAACCGGUGCAACCAGAAACCAAGGCUGUAAUGCAAAUGAUUAUGUCCAUACCGUUCGUGGCUUCAGCUAAUCUUCACGGAGGUGAUUUAGUUGCCAAUUAUCCAUACGACGCUAGUAGAUACGGCAAUGUGCAAGGCGAAUAUGCCACAAGUCCCGACGACGAAACUUUUAAAUGGUUAGCUUUAUCCUAUUCAAAUUAUCACGCAGAUAUGGCCAAUCCAAAUAGAAUGCCGUGUAGAGGUGGUGACAAAAAUUUUGGCAAAGAAGGUGGUAUCACUAAUGGUGCCAAAUGGUAUAGUGUUAGAGGAGGAAUGCAAGACUUUAACUACUUAUCUUCCAAUGAUUUUGAAAUUACCUUAGAGCUGGGUUGUGACAAAUAUACAAAAGAAAGUGAACUAGAAAAAGAAUGGAACAGAAACAAAAAUGCACUCAUCAACUUGAUUUGGCAGUCACAUAUCGGAAUUAAAGGAAUAAUUAAAGACGCGGUUACAUUAAAACCAUUAGUAAAUGCAUUUAUAAAAGUGGUAAAUGUUACUAAUGGCCAACUGUCACCAAUCUUACACGAUGUAACUUCCGUUCAAGACGGAGACUAUUACAGACUGCUCACAGAUGGUGAUUAUCACGUCACGGCUUCCAUGGAUGGAUAUUUAUCUUCGACUAAAUUAGUUACUGUCGAAAACAAACACCAUAACGAAGCAAAAGUAAUGAACUUUACGUUGCAGCCGAUAAUUUCACCCAGUAAUUAUAGCAAAAAGAAAAAGCGUUUUGCAUAUUCCAAUUCAAUCACUGCUGAUAAAUUACAAAUGUUUUAGUACGAAUCAAUUUUCUUUCAACAUUAGUGCCUAUACCUCCAAUUUGGCACAAUUCAUAAUACCUAAUAUAAUAUGCAUCAAUAAGUAUCAACGAAGAGUCUAAAUGUCAAUACUAGCACAACUUUAUUAUAUUUGUCUUUAGAACUAUAGAAGUAUAGAGACAUAAUAGAACUAUAUACAAUUUAAUUAAAUUGAAAUAUUACAGUGUUUAACUAUUCCCUGAAAUUUAUACUUCAACUGUUGAGUUGAACUGUUGAACUGUUUAAUCGUGUAACGGUCGUGAAAAUGUAUUAUGAAAAUAUAAAUAGUUCAAAUUUAUUAUGAUAAGUUUAAAAUACAAUAUAUUAUUCUUAUCUAAUCUUAGA